CCUAAACCCUCCGGUCCCCGACCCGACCGGAACCCUACCCUUUACCCCGCGCCGCCGCCGCCGCCCGCCUGCCCCUUCUCCUUCCACCUCUCCUCGCGCCGCCGUCCGUAUCUCCUGCGCUCGAGCUUAUUUAAGACAUUAUGGGUAAGUCGAGCAAGAAAUCCGGUGUUGAGGUUGCACCUGCUGCCGUCUCGGUUCCCGAGGGCAAAUCUGGAAAGAAGGGGAAGAGGAAUGCAGAAGAUGAGAUUGAGAAGGCAGUCAGUGCCAAGAAGCAAAAGACGGUACCUGUAAAGGUUGAGCCAGUAAAGAAGCAGCCCCCUCCAAAGAAAGUUGAAAGCAGUAGCUCUGAGGAAGACUCUUCAGAUUCUGAAGAGGAGGUUGAGGUCCAGCCAAAGAAGGUUACUCAACCAAAGAAAGGCACGCAACCUGCUAAAGAGGAGACCAGUGAUGACAGCAGUGAUGAGAGCUCCUCAGAUGAUGAACCUUCAAAAAAACCAGUUGCUACUUCAAAUAAACCUCCAGCUGCUGCUGCUAGCAGCAGCAGCAGCGAUGAGAGCAGUGACAGUGAUGAUAGCAGUUCUGAUGAAGAACCUGCAAAGAAGCCCACUACCCUUACAAAGAAGCCUGCUGCAGUGGUUAGUAAUGGUUCCAAAAAGGUUGAGUCUGACAGCAGCAGCUCUGACAGUAGCUCGGAUGAAGAAUCUGACGAGGAUGAAAAGCCUGCUGCUCAGCUAAAGAAGCCUUCAGUUGCCUCUGCACAAAAGAAGACCCAAGAGUCUGAUAGCUCUGACAGUGAUUCUGAUGAUGAAUCAGAUGAGGAUUUGCCUGCUAAAGCUCCAGUAGCAACCAAGAAAAAGGAAGAAUCGAGUGAGAGUUCUGAUUCUGAGAGUGAAUCUGAGUCCGAGGAUGAGGAUAACAAUGCUAAAAAAGUACAGCCUGCCAAGGCUGCUGGUCCGAAGAAGAAAGAGGAAUCUAGUGAUAGCUCAGAAUCUGACUCUGAGACAGAUUCAGAUUCAGAUUCUGAUGAACCUGAAAAGCCUACUAUCGCUGCAAAGAGGCCUCUAGCAACAGAGAAGAAGAAUGGACAAUCCAGUGAUGAUUCUGAUGAUAGUUCGGAUGAGAGUUCUGAUGAAAGUGAUGAGGAGCCUCCUCAAAAGAAGCCUAAGAACUCGGCACCUUCUGGUGCUGCAAAGGCUGCCACUAAGGUUCCAAAGAAAGAAGAAAGCAGCAGUGACGAAAGCUCUGAUGAUGAAAGUGAAGAAAGCUCUGAUGAUGAUAACGAAAUUGAAGUAAAGCCAAAAGUAGAAGUUGAAACUCCCAAGACAAAGUCGGCACAGAAUGAAGCCAAAACUCCUACCAAAAACCAAAGUCAGGCUACUGGAUCGAAGACGAUUUUUGUUGGGAAUUUAUCCUAUAGUAUAGAGCGUGAGCAAGUUAAGCAAUUUUUUGAGGAGGCUGGUGAGGUUGUAGAUGUUCGUCUGUCUACUUUUGAGGAUGGGAGCUUCAAGGGCUAUGGUCAUGUUGAAUUCGCUACAGCUGAAGCUGCUCAGAAGGCACUUGAAUUUGCUAAUCAUGACCUGAUGGGGCGGCCUGUUAGGGUCGACCUGGCCCUUGAGAGGGGUGCAUACACUCCUGGCAGCGGGAGGGACAACAGUUCUUUCAAGAAGUUUGCUCCAAGGUCUGGCAACACUGUAUUUAUUAAAGGCUUUGACACAUCUAGUGGAGAGGACCAGAUCCGAAGCGCGCUUGAAGGACUUUUUGGCUCAUGUGGAGAGAUUACUCGUGUUUCAAUUCCAAAGGAUUAUGAAACUGGUGCAUGCAAAGGGAUGGCAUACAUGGACUUCAAGGACCCGGAUUCCUUGAAUAAAGCAUAUGAGCUGAACGGAAGUGACCUUGGUGGCUACAGCUUGUACGUCGAUGAGGCGAAGCCUAGACCUGAUAAUAACAGAGAUGGUGGCUUCAGUGGCGACAGGCGUGGAAGUUUCAGUGGAAGAGGAGGGAGGAGUGACAGGGGCCGAGGUGGCGGCCGUGGACGUGAUGGAGGACGUGGACGCGGAUUUGGAGGUAGGGGUGGAAGGGGCGACAGAGGCCGGGGCACGCCGUUCAGGCAGACCGCUGGUACAGCUAGUACAGGAAAGAAGACAACAUUCGGUGAUGACGAGUGAAGCUUUGGCGCGCGACUAUAGUGAAAUGCGAACACCUUCUAUACUGUACCCUGAAACUUCUGUUAUAUGUUCUCCUUUUUGGAGCCGUGCUGCUUGCUUUGCAAUUUUGACAAUUUUUGAACCUCUUUCGUACAUUUGGAGUUAUAUGGAAGUAUCUCGUGGACGUGAUUUGUCACGGUUCUUGUGGAAUGCAUUUAAUAAAUUGAGUAGCAAGGUCGUAUGUUCUUUAA